AGCUUCUCAACUCAUUUGUUCUAUGAAAGCUCAGUUCAAUCUUAACUCUGCAAAGCACAACCCUCAAAGGGGUUUGAUUUUAUGCUAUGACUCGAGAAACCAAGAUUUUCUUAUGGGCAUCUUAAGGUGGGAUUCUGUGGUAGAGUUUGAUGGCGAUGGGAAAGCUAUUGGUGUGACUUCUGAAGGAGAAACUACUAAAUGCAAGAAGGUUGUUUGUCAUCCCUCUUAUUUUCCUGAUAAGGUGAAAAAGAUUGGAAGAGUUGCUCGUGCAAUAUGUAUAAUGAGCAAUCCUAUCCCUGAUACCCAUGGUUCUCACUCAGUGCAAGGGAUUCUACCUCAAAAGCAACUUGGUCGUAAAUCAGAUAUAACAAUCAUUAUGGCUGCUACUGUUAUUGUUGCAAGUACCUCUUUUGUUGCUUUUGUUUCAAUAGAAGCAAAGACUGACACACCUGAGGUGAAACUCAAGCCUGGAAUUGAUCUAUUGCGACCUUUAGAUGAGAUAUUCUAUGACACUUAUGACAAAUAUGUCCCAAAAAAUGAUAGUGAGACAGACCAUUGCUACAUAUCUACUAGUUAUUAUCCAACAACACACUUUGAAAACACAGUGAACGAUGUGCUCGCAAUGUAUACCAAGAUUACUGGAAAGACACUUGAUCUAACAGUGGACCUCAGUGCAGCAAGUGCAGUUGCUGAAGAAUGACACCUUUCAAAGUUUUUCUUCACUUGCAAAGCCAUAAGCACAGAAGCUCAAUUCUCCCCUUCGCUUUGAUUUUUUUUUUUUUCCUCAUCUUUUUAUAUGCUAGACCAAAACUAGCUACAUUUUCAUAUUUAUUUAUUUUUUAAUUUGUAUAACAUCCCAAAAUUAUGGCAGGUUGGCUCUUGAACCUUAGAUCACAAAUUUCAUUCUUUGAAGAUUAAUUAAUUUUUUUCUUUUAGUUUUGCUUGAAAUAAUACAAUAUAAUUGCUUUAUUUUA